UCAGCAGCACCUUCAGUGGAUCCAAUGAGGUGACGCCGCGUUCCGGGCCCGACUGCUGAGAGCAAACCGGUGAUAAGGGGAACUGAAAACUACCAAGUGUGACAACAAAGAGGCUCUGAAUUAAGGCAAACCCGGUAAUAGUGAUCAUUGAGCCUGUCCGGAAAAGCACGUUCCUUUGGUAGCCCAUUCACAGUUUCAUUUGUGCGGGCUGAGCUCAUCAUGGGGGGCAGGAACCUGGUGCCGGUUGCUUUCUUCUGCCUUGUUCUGGCAAUGUUGCCUUCUCACACAGUGUCUGUAGCUGUCAUGUCAGUUGACCUGGGCAGUGAGUGGAUGAAAAUGGCAAUAGUGAAACCUGGUGUGCCCAUGGAGAUUGUUCUCAACAAGGAAUCAAGGAGGAAAACGCCUACGGCUGUAUGUCUCAAGGAAAAUGAAAGACUUUUUGGGGACAGCGCACUAGGAGUGUCUGUGAAGAACCCCAAAACUGUUUAUAGACACCUCCAAAGCCUCCUGGGCAAAAAGCACAACAAUCUCCAGGUGGCGCUCUAUCAGAGGCAUUUCCCUGAACACCAGCUGCAGGAUCACCCAGUCAGAGGCACAGUUUACUUUAAAAGCUCAGAAGAAAUGCAAUACACAGCCGAGGAGCUUCUCGCGAUGGUGCUUAAUUAUUCAUGUGGCCUGGCUCAGGACUUUGCAGAACAACCAAUCAAAGACGUAGUGAUCACUGUCCCAGCGUUCUUCAACCAGGCGGAGCGCAGGGCGGUCCUACAGGCUGCACAGAUGGCAGGUCUAAAGGUUCUUCAGCUCAUUAAUGACAACACUGCUGUGGCCUUGAACUAUGGCGUUUUCAGGAGGAAAGAUAUCGACAACACAGCUAAGAAUGUUAUGUUUUAUGACAUGGGAUCGGGCAGCACAACGGCCACCAUCGUCUCGUACCAAACAGUCAAAACCAAGGAGUCUGGCACCCAGCCCCAGUUACAGAUCAGAGGUGUUGGGUUUGACCGUGGGCUGGGGGGCUUUGAGAUGGACCUGCGGCUCCGGGACCACCUGGCCAAACUUUUCAACGAGCAGAAAAAGAGCAAGAAAGAUGUGAGGGAGAACCACCGGGCCAUGGCCAAGCUCCUCAAAGAGGCUCAGAGGCUCAAGACAGUGCUUAGUGCCAAUGUGGACUUCAUGGCUCAGGUGGAAGGUUUGAUGGAUGACAUUGACUUUAAAGCGAAGGUGACCAGGGCUGAGUUUGAAGAGCUGUGUGCUGAUCUUUUCGAAAGAGUGCCUCGCCCAGUGCAGGAUGCCCUCGCUACUGCAGAAAUGAACCUGGAUGAAAUUGAGCAGGUAAUUUUAGUCGGCGGUUCCACACGUGUCCCCAAGGUUCAGGAAGUUCUUCUCAAAGCUGUGGGGAAAGAGGAGCUGGGGAAGAACAUCAAUGCAGAUGAGGCAGCAGCUAUGGGCGCUGUGUACCAGGCUGCUGCCCUGAGCAAGGCCUUCAAGGUCAAGCCUUUCCUGGUCCGAGAUGCAGCCGUCUUCCCUAUUCAGGUGGAAUUCACCCGAGAGACAGAGGAAGAGGGGAUCAAAACCCUGAAACACAACAAACGUAUCCUCUUCCAGAGGAUGGCACCCUACCCCCAGCGCAAGGUCAUUACAUUCAACCGCUACAAUGCCGACUUUGCUUUCGACAUCAACUAUGGCGACCUCAGCUUCUUGAGUCAGGAUGACAUCAGAGUGUUUGGCUCACUGAACCUGACAACAGUCAAACUGUCUGGAGUAGGAAGCAGCUUUCAAAAGCACGCUGACGCAGAGUCAAAAGGCAUCAAAGCCCAUUUCAACAUGGAUGAAAGUGGAGUGCUGCUACUGGAUCGGGUAGAGUCUGUCUUUGAAACUGUUGAAGAGGAGAAAGAAGAGGAAUCAACAUUAACCAAGCUGGGUAACACAAUUUCCACCUUGUUUGGAGGAGGAUCUUCGGAACCCACUCCAAAUGUGACUGAACCUGUCCAGGAUGAGGAGGAAGUGCCUCCAGAGUCAGUAAAGGAUGGCAAGGAUGAAAACGGUAAGGAAGAGCCCCAUAAGGACGAGCCCACCAAGGAGAAGCAGGAUGAAUCUGAGAAAAUUUCAAGUGAAGACAAAAAUCAGGAAAAGACGGAGGGCACCGGCAGCAAAAAUGGAGCCACGGAGGAAAAGGACGGAGAGAAAUCUGGAAACACCGAGACGGAGAAGGAUUCAGAGAAGAAGGCAAAAGCUAAGAAGAAGACCAAGAUCUCUGAGGACAUCACGGUGGAACUUGUCAUCAAUGACAUCCUUGACCCCACCGCAGAUGAGCUCACUUCCUCAAAGAAGAAGUUGCAGGAUUUGACUGACAGAGACCUGGCCAAACAGGAAAGAGAAAAGACACUUAACAGUCUGGAAGCUUUCAUUUUUGAGACACAGGACAAGCUGUACCAGGAGGAUUACCAGCUGGUUGUGUCGGAGGAGGAGAAGGAGCAGAUCUCUGCCAAGCUGAGCAAGGUGUCGGAGUGGAUGGACGAAGAUGGCUACACAGCCACCACCAAGCAGCUGAAAGAGAAGUUGUCUCAGCUGAAGAGCCUGUGCAAGGACAUGUUUUUCAGGGUGGAGGAGCGACGCAAGUGGCCAGACCGCCUGGCCUCCCUCGACAGCAUGCUCAACACCUCCAGCUUUUUCCUGAGGAGUGCCAAACUGAUUCCAGAAGAUGACCAAAUCUUCACUGAAGUCGAGCUGAAUAUGUUGGAAAAAGUGAUCAAUGAAACAACGACGUGGAAGAAUGAGACGGUGGCAGAGCAGGAGAAACGCUCUCCAAAGGAGCGGCCUAUUCUACUGUCCAAAGACAUAGAGUCCAAACUGGCUCUGCUGGAUCGAGAGGUCAACUACUUGCUCAACAAAGCCAAGUUUGCCAAGCCGAAGGCUAAAACCAAGGCCAAGAACAGCACCGGCUCCGAUGAAAGCAGCAAGGCCAACGACACGGCAGAGGAGAAAGUCAUUCCUCCCGUAGAGGAGAGCGCAGACACAAUGAGUGAAAGCCCAGAGGAGGUGCAGCCGGAAGAAGCCCCACCCACUGAGGAGAGCACUGUACACUCAGAUUCAGACAGCCAAUCACAGCCCACAGAAGAAACGACUACAGGACCAACAGAGAAGGCCCAACCUGAAAACCACAUAGGGGAUGAAUUAUAACAGCUGGAACUGGGAAAACAAAAAUCACUAUUUAUUGACAGUGUAUAAAUGUUCAUGUUCCUUCUUAUUGGUUUUUGUUUUGUUUUGUUUUCUUUUUUUUCCAUUUUUUUGGGUUUUUAUGUCCCUGUUUAUUGAACUACUGGAAGCUGAAUGGAGAACAAUUACACACCACUCAUCUUGAACCCCCCCUCCCCCUCCUCUUCUGUGUUGCUCAUCUCUUCUGACUUUCAUAGAUUCUGUAAGAAAUGGACACCAAAAAGAAGCAGUUCAACAAAAAUAAAGGCCGAGGCUGCAUCUGUGCCUGCAAACAAAAUGCUUUCAGUGCUGAUACAGAGGGGCAUGUUGUCAGUCUUUGACCAUAUGGAUGCUGAACAAGGAUCAGUGCCGUUCUACUCUGCUUUGUCUUACAUGAAUAUGUCAUUUCCUGCUUUGUCCUCUGCACUGUAUUCUCAACCAUGUUGUGUUGUGAGGUUACUAUUUGUCCUAACACCUGCAACUUAAUGGUAUUGCCACAGUGGAGGGUGAGAAGUGGUUCAGAAACCUUGGGAGGACUCUCCACGGAUAGAAUUUUUGUUUUGCUCCAAUCAAAAUAAUAUAUCCAUAAGCUGUCCUGAGAGAGUUAAAAAAAAAAAAAAAAAAAAAAAAAAAGUUUUUGGGUCCAUCAUUGUUUGCGACAGACUGCUCAGGUGCCGUAAACUGCCAAUUAGGGAUGAUUUAACCUUGUGUCUUCAUGCAUCUGCUUCACAUCCUUCUUCUGAUCCGGGAUCAGCAGGAUCAACUGAAAUGACUCAUGAGCUGAGUUUUUCUUUCUGCAACCAUGUUUUGUUGGAAAUGGCCAAACUCCAAAAUCAUGUUUUCAAAGUGUCAUAAGCUGCUAAACAUAGUAGAAAAGGUGGUGUGUUAGUGUUGCCACUGCUGCCUCUUUGCUUCAACAUGCCCUGUGGUGCUUGCUCAGAUGGCUCCAUUUUUCUGUUAGAGGGACUCUAGACUGUUUGAAGGGGGGAACUGAAGAAAACAAGGCGGGAAUGGGAGAUGAAAACGUUGUGUUUCUAAACUGUUAAUAAAAGAAAAACUUUUUUUUUUUUUU